AUGGUCAAGGCUGUCGCUGUCCUCCGUGGUGACUCCAAGGUCAACGGUACCGUCACCUUCGAGCAGACCUCCGAGAACGCCCCCACCACCAUCUCGUGGAACAUCCUCGGCAACGACGCCAACGCCCAGCGUGCUUUCCACGUCCACCAGUUCGGUGACAACACCAACGGCUGCACCUCUGCCGGUCCUCACUUCAACCCCCACGGCAAGACCCACGGUGCCCCCGAAGACUCUGACCGUCACGUCGGUGACCUGGGCAACUUCCAGACCAACGCUGAGGGCAACGCCGUUGGCUCCAAGGAGGACAAGUUCGUGAAGCUGUUCGGUGCUGAGAGCGUCCUUGGCCGUACCCUGGUUGUCCACUCCGGCACUGACGACCUUGGCCGUGGUGGUAACGAGGAGUCCAAGAAGACCGGUAAUGCUGGUACUCGCCCUGCUUGUGGUGUUAUUGGUAUUUCCGCAUAA